ACUUGGUUCCAGCCAUUGCUGAGGAUGCUGGAAGCACUGGGGAGGCUAGUUCAGUAUUCGGAAGUGCCGGACCUUCCCGCAUCAUCUGUUCCGGUGCUGAUGAGCCCGCCAUUGUCCCCUUCACCACUGCUAUCGUUGGAUGAAGAGCUGGUCAACACUGAAGACACUCAAGACAAUGGAGCGGCAUUUGUAAGGCCCUUUUCUAGUCCAUCGCGCUCCGUCGUCGUGGUUAUCGAGCGCAUGAUAUUCGCGAAAAGUCCGACGGCGUUCGGUUGUGAAGGCUUUAAAGAGCCAUUAAAUCACGUCUUGUUGGUGACUCUUCAAGAUGGUGGGGCUAGUUCCUGUGCAGAAGUUGGAGGCAGGCUUGCCUGUGAAGACAUCUGUGAAGUCAGAAGACCAGCUCUCCACAAGUUUCAAGUGGACCUUGUUGGGGACUCCUUGGACUUGGACUGCAUCAGGUAUAAAGGUCUCAAGGAAGUCAGGUUAUUCAACAGGACCUUCUGUUUGGGGAAAGUGCUAGGCAUGGAAGAAAUUGUGAGACCUUGGAGUCUGUUUCUUCAAACACACAAAGAAACAGAAAACAGUCAAGGAGGAGCUCAGGACUUCAAAACCUGUUCAGAAGACUUCACUGCACACAACAUCAUCAACAACACCACUGACCUCAUCAACUGUACCAAUCAAGCAAAGGAUCAGCACCACAAGUCAACCUACAACAGUACCUUGGGAGGAAGAAACUGCUACCAUCCAGGAUCAAGACAACAGUCCGAUCCAAAGCCCUGUCCGGGGAAGAGUUGCUCGCCAGGUGGACUUGGCCUCUCCUUCGUGCUUGGGUGUUGGCAAAGAUUCGUUCUAGCCACCCCACCUUUCGGCGCACUCGACCUGGUUCUGGCCAGGUUGUUCGUAGUGGAAGCCUCUCCAGUUUUUAUACUGUGGGAGAAGUCUAGGCUCACUAUCGAUCUCAUAGGACAUGCCUCUUGA